AUGUUUGGAGCUUUGAUGCGAUAUUCGAGAUGCUAUUCAUCAUUGUCUCGGCCAGAACUGUUCAAAGAGGCAAUGUCGUCUAUGGGCAGUCAAGCUAUGAUCUUGACCGCGCCGUUCAGGGGUGAAACAGUCGUGUCUCAGUUGCAUGGAAUGACCAUAUCAUCUGUUUCGUCGCUAUGCGUUCUCCCGGACCCGUUGGUUCAGUUCAACCUGCAAAUUCCAUCCAUAACCUCCGCGACCCUUCAUGACAUUCCCCAUUUCGCCAUACAUAUAAUGCCUCCUACCCAGAAAUCCGUGGAAAUUGCAAGGAGUUUCUCCAAGGGAACUCAGACCACCAAAGAUGACCACGGAAACGUCAUUCAUACGAGACCUUUCUCUCUUAUCCCCGAACACGAAUGGACCAGCCACAGGGUUGACGAUGAGUGCAGCAUUCCCAUUCUACGAUCGGCAGAAAGAGUGUUGAUUUGCUCAAAAUGUAAUGUUUUCGAGGUGCUCAAUCAUGAAAUUUGGGUUGCCAGAGUCCAAGAGAUUAUAGUGCAUGAGGAGUUUCCGGUGAAGACAGGAGGACUGAUUUACUUCAACAGACGGUUUCACGGUGUUGGAGGCCAGUUAAAGGAAUAG